AUGACCGCUGCAACUCAUACAGAAAUAAAAGUCAACAAAAAAAUAAGGUUCACUGAGUUUUUGCAGCUAGUUGUGUUUUUUUUUGGAAAGAUAUGACACCCUCACAGAGAGCCCGAUAUGGAUGCGAAGCAGCACGUAAUGCUAAAUGGAGAAUGGCAGUUCCUCCUAAUAACCCCUUUUUGAAGCGUCCUGGUGGGAUACCCCAGCCAUGGCCCAUUCACCCCCACCCUACGGUACAGGCCCACAAGUCUCACUUCCUACCCUCUCCUGCUCCUCACCUUCCUCUUUUCCACACCCGUCAUGCAGAGGAGAGUGCAGAGCGGCCCCACCUGGUCACCAUCGUCCGCCCCUGUGGUCAGAGUACACUGCGGAAGGUAACAGUGCUGUUGAACCGCAGGGGUGUGGUGUCCUUCGAGCAACUGUUAUUGGAUAUCUCUGAGGCGUUGGGGUUUCCUCGCUGGCACAAAGCCAAAAUCACACGCCUGUACACGACCCACGCACGAGAGGUGAAAAGUGUAUGUGACUUCUUCCGAGGUGAGGUAGCCUUCCUGGCGCUGGGUAAGGCUCGUCCAGAUCUGAGCAGCGUGCAGGAGGCUCUGGAGGAGCUGUUUCCAGACCAUUCCCAUUACCGCACUGACGCACUGCGAGUCUGGGAGAAAAGACUUAGUCCAGCACCAGAUAAAGCUGCUAAGGCCGACAGUGGAUACAGUGAGGGGGCAGAUAGCAGUGAGACUAACCAAGAGACUCACCUAGACACACAUACACAUACACAAAAUCAUACUAAUACACAGUCACCUUACCAUGUAGACACACAGCAGCCUGAAAAUUAUAACUCAGGUGUUCAGAAGUCUCAUAAAAAGAGCUGCAGAAAACCAGCUCACCUUCCUAACCACCUGCAGAGAUUAUAUGUGAAGGGUGGGGUCAGAGAGAGACAGCCUUCUAUCAUUGGCCCAUUUAAACAUGAGGAGGGUCUUACGGAAGUAGAAAUACCCUCCCCUACACUGUGUGAAAACUGCUUAGCAAUAAGAGCUAAGCAUCAGGGUCCAGAACGGAUCAAUCCCCUAUCAGGGAGGGUCCCACUUCCUCCUGUGUCAAGAAAACAAAAAGGUAGUCCUCAUACAGAACAAGAGAUGAGAAAGCCAGAUGUUCCUGUCAGCCCUCUACCUCCUCAACCAGUCAGCAGGAAUGAAGAGAAGAGUCUUGCACAGUUACAACUUUUAAAGCCACUUCCAGACGUGGGUCCAGCACAAAAAGACGUACUGCAGAGGACAACCUUUGACCUUCCUUCAGACGGCAGUGAUGUCACCCUGUCAGAUAUUGAGCGUUGCUAUGAAAUAGGCCGUGUGGUUGGAGAUGGGAACUUUGCGGUGGUGCGAGAGUGCCGUCGUCGUGACAAUGGGCAAACCCUUGCCAUAAAGAUAGUCGAACGCUCUAAACUGAUUGGUCGAGAGCACAUGAUGCAGAAUGAGCUGAGCCUUCUGGGUAGCCUGUGUCACCCUCGCAUAGUGCGGCUGGUUGCGUACCACCACACACACCUUCACUCCUACCUGGUGAUGGAGCUGGUGACCGGGGGGGAUCUGUUUGAGGCCAUCAGUGAGAGAGGGAAGUUUUCAGAGGCAGAGGCAGGACUGAUGGUGUCAGACAUGAGUGAAGCACUAAAUUACAUCCACUGCAAGAGCAUCGUCCACCGAGACCUCAAACCAGAAAACCUACUGAUAGAGCGCGUGGCAGCUGACAUCUGUAGGCUGAAGCUGGGAGACUUUGGUCUUGCCAUGGUUGUGACUGAACCAGUCUUCACCAUAUGUGGGACACCCACAUAUGUAGCCCCAGAGAUUCUCUGUGAGACAGGUUAUGGUGUAGCAGUGGACAUAUGGGCUCUGGGUGUUAUUCUCUACAUCCUGCUGUGUGGCUUCCCCCCAUUUCGCAGUCGGGAUCGGGACCAGGAAGAGUUGUUCCAGCUAAUAAAACAGGGACAUCUCCACUUCCUGUCCCCCUACUGGGACACCAUCGCAGAGGAAGCCAGAGGCCUUGUCAGAGCUCUGCUUCAGCCAGAUCCCACAGUGAGGCUGACAGCACAGCAGACCCUGCUGCACCCCUGGGUGAAGGCUAUGGCUUCAAAGUGCAGGCAGAGGACGCUCACAGACAAAACACGGAGAAACACAGCAGACACUGGAGCAGAGCAAGUUCAGAGUCCAGCUCAGACCAAUGCAGCAGAAACAAUGGCAGACAAAACACCAGGACACACCAGCAGCGAGGGAAAAAUCACACAAAAAGAGCUCAGCAGAACUGAUGAGAGACAAACUGAGAUGAACAUAAGUGGAGGGCAAGAUGAGGACAAAGCACCACAGCAACAAUCAAAAGAGACAAGAACAGUUCACACCAUAUCUACACAGGUCAAAGUGCUAACAAUGUCAGAGGACUCACCUGGUCAACAGAAACCAGAGUGCACCUCUCCAGACUCUGGCUCACCCAACAGGGAGCCCAGCAGGCGAGAAAUACAGGAUCCAGGUCCCAAGCUGUCAAACACAGACAGGGAACUCAAUCAGCUUGAUGCCACUGAACACCAAACUGAACUUCCAUCCCAGAUUAAGACAUAGUCAAAACAAAACAGCUGACAGCAGUCACCACCAGAUUCACCACCUUCAACCAAUACAGCUGAAUAAAACACAGCAGGUCAUUCAACACAACACCACCCGUCCUCUAAGUCAGCAGCUUCUUCUUCUCACUCUCCAUCAGCAGAACCAUGAUGAGCCGAAUCUUCACCCCACCAUCAUACAUCCACCCAAACAAUCCUGACCUCACUAUCAAUCUUCUGUUUAACUCUGAUUAGAUCAUGGUCUUCACUUUCAUUGUUCUGGACAAUACUGACUUCUUAGCAGCUGAAUUCUCAAAUGACCCACCGACGAUGUGAUGCACUCUCUUGGGAUUGAACAGCAUCUGAUUGAUGGGGCGAGAUAAUCUCAUAAAUGUGUAUUAUCCAUUUAUCCUACAGUCAUUAAUUGAUCAUGAGAUGUUGUGUAAUGUGUCCUUCUAGGACUGCAACACGGGGAUGGAAGUAGAGAAGCACUAAAAACAUAUGUUGAAAUCAAUGGAACAGAGUUCAAGUAGGACUCAAUACAAAUACAUAUGUUCCGUUUGUCAUUGUUCUUGAAGUUUUGGUGUAUUCAUGAAAAAACUUUUCAGGACAUUUGUGUUUUUGUUUCGGUUGACCGUCGGUUUUUUUUUCUUGUGGCCAAACAUGUUUUAGUUUGAGGAUAUGAUAUGUUACCAUGUCUACCACUCCUAUUCGUUGCUAUUUUUGAUUGCUUGUAUUGUGACACUGACUGACCCACCCUCCUUUUAUAUUCCUAGAAGCCCAUUCCUAGAAGUCUGUCUUAAGAUCCUUUUUCUGACAACAUUUGUUUACUAUACAUUCAUAAACUAAAAAAUAUCUGUACCAAGA